AUGUACGAUUCUUUCGCUAGCUAUCCACAUAAUUACUAUACUAAAAGUGAUGAUGAGGCAGAAAUUCCUGCAACUACUUUUCCUGGUGAAAAUUUGUUGACCAAGGACCAUUUGCUAGAACAAUUGCAGCCAAUAUUAAUCAUCAGCGAUCCGUCUGAAUGUAACAAUAACUUAAGUCUUUUUAUGAAGUUAAUCGUUGAAAAUAUAUAUGACCGAAAUGAAGAAACUACACACAAUUAUCAAAAAUUAUCAUCUUAUGCACUUAAAUUGUUGACCCUGAAUUUAUUUAUCAAGAACUACGAAUUGUGCCUCGGUAAAAUAUUAGGGUUAUUGGCAGCUUUAAGUCGGGAUACAUUGUGCUCAAAUGAAGAUAUCGACGAAGAUGUGAAGUUUGAAAUCGAGUCAUUACGGGAGUUCAUUUGCAUUAUUUUACUUUUACUCUUGAAAUUGACUAAUAGUCCAGGAGAGAAGGGUGAAAAGUCAAAAAUAUUGGAAGCAGUCAAUAGAAAUGAGUUGUACAGCAUCUUGUCUGACCUUGGAAUUAUACCUAUCAUCGCCAAUGUAAUAACAAAUCAUAUUGUGACGACCGAUAAAUCUAAAUCCCCGUUCUUGUUAUUGAAAUUUGGCGGGGAUAUUAUAUUCGAAUACCUCUACAACUGUGAAUUAUUAACUGAUGUCGAGUUUAAUAGUUUGACUAGCGAGACUAAGUUAAUCCCUACCAUUAUUAAGCAUUUGCUAGCAAACGAUGAUUUUGAUAAUUACGAUACCGAUGCUGACGACUGGGAGGGUGAAAAUAAACUAUUUAUAUAUGAGGAGUUUAAGUUACUAUUACUCAUCAAUGAACAAUAUUUGAUGAAAUCAUAUUCUUCCAAAGAAUCAAAAAAUAAAGUUUUUGAUGGCUUAAUGAUGGGAGAUGCUCAUCCGUCCCCAGUAAAUUCACAACCUAGUAAUAAACAGAUUAACGGGUUUAUCAACUUGUUAAUUUAUUAUAUUAAUCGUGAAGAGUCUCAAAUUAUUAAAAUCCUUAUUUUAAAAUUCUUGUACCUUAUAUUUACAACUUCCUAUACUGCAAAAUUGUUUUAUUUGAACGACCUAAAGAUUUUGUUGGAUAUAAUCAUUCGUGAAUUGAACAAUCUAGACUAUAGUGGGAAUUCGAAUGGAAUAUUGAUUGUCACAUAUUUAAAAGUUUUGUAUCCUUUAUUGAUGUUCUCUCAAUUAAGUGAAUUGCCCGGAGGUUAUAAAAAUGAAGAUAUAUUAGAAAUCUUGAGAAACUUGGUUCUUAAUUCAGAAUCAGGUAAUCGUAAGACAACUGAGAUUACUGAAGCAACUGACGAAAGCCAAGCAGAUAUUAUUGCAAAGCUAUCAUUGCGAUGCAUGUCCAUACCUUGGUUAAGGAAGUCACAAAGUAAGAGAAAAAACCAAGACAACUCGAACUUGGUAAAUAACGUUUAUGGCAAGUUAUCUGCCGCCUCCUCUUCAUCAUCCUUGAAUUCGAAACUGAGCUUUGUUGGUAAACGUUCUGAAUUGUACGAGAAUUCUGAUAUUUCAAAUGAAUCACUUGGUAAGGCCUUCACCCGAAUUGCAUCAGUCAGAACGUCAGGAAGAAUCGACUAUCAUAUGCAUGCAUUAGUGCAUAACGAAAACGACCAAGUAGGCUCUAAUGGACUGAAGAGCUCUUAUGUCGAAAAUAAUCAUAAUAUUUUCUUAGAUAAUGAAUUUAAGUCUUUGUCCAUUAAUACCACGGAAGAUUUUGCUAAUUCUCCAUGGAUUCCAAUAUCAGAUGAGUCAAAUUUGCUAGAUUUACCGAAAGAAUAUUUAAAAGAUGAGCCAGUCCAGCCCUUAAAAGGACCAGAAUCGGCGUCAUCCUCAAUUAAGUCAGAUUCGAGUCUAGCACAGAAAGCAUCAAAGAAGAAAGCGCCGCCACCACCUCUUCCACCGAAAAUUUUCCUGCCGAAACCUAAUCAUAUGCAUUUAGAGAAGAGAUCUCAAUCACAUACACCACCACCACCACCUCCUCCAAGACGCAGGCGUUUGUUACAUCUAUGCGAGCAUUAA